AUUUACAUUUCUGGAGCCAACCCCUUAUGCCUAGCUCCUCCUCUGAUAUUAAGAUGACACUUUUUAUAGAGCUACAGCUUCUACACUGCCAUUAUUCCUCUGUAGGAUCCAAGACCUGGAGGUGACAAAACAGCAGGCCACCAUGAGCCAAGUGACAAUCAAGGAUGUAGAAGUCCUCAACUGUGAAUAUGGCAAGAACACAAUUAAGUUCCUUCGCCUUCAUAGAGAAGGGAAGAAGCACUUUGUUAAAGAAGUGGAAGUGUGCACACAUCUCCGGCUGACUUCUUGUCAUGAGUACCUGGAUGGAAACAACUCUGCUGUGAUACCUACAGACACCAUAAAGAAUAUUGUCCUUGUGUUGGCCAAGAAAAAUGGGAUAGCAACUUUAGAACAAUUCGCUAUAGAUAUCUGCCAACACUUCAUGACAACAUUUUGCCAAGUGGCGUACGUCAAAACCUACGUUCAAGAAGUACCAUGGCAACGUCUACACGAGAAUGGUGUUCCCCACAUCCACUCAUUCAUACACGUUCCUAAUGGGAUCCGCUUUUGUGAAGCUGAGCAGUGCCGAAAUGGUCCUCUGGUUGUUUUUGCUGGAAUUAAAGACCUGAAACUUAUGAAGACAACACAGUCCGGAUUUGAAGGCUUCUGUAAGAAUGAAUACACUACACUUCCCGAAAGAAAUGACAGGAUUUUAUGUGGAGAGCUCUUCUGCAAAUGGUCAUAUGGCGAAUGCAAGGAUUUUGACUUUGACUGCAUAUGGAACAAAAUCCGUGAAUGCAUCCUUGAAGCUUUUGCUGGGCCACCUGACCGUGGGGAAUAUUCACCCUCUUACCAGAAAACCGUCAACUGCAUCCAGAUGCACGUCCUUUGCAAAGUACCACAGGUACAAGUCAUAGAAGUCGUCUUGAACAACACUUUUUAUAAUGUUGUAGACAUGAAGAAUCUAGGCUUGACCAAUGACAAAGAAGUUCUGGUUCCAGUGGAAACUCCUUAUGGCUCCUGCGCUUGCACACUCGGCAGGAAGACAUUCUUAGAAGCACAAGUCCAUAUGCUAAAAGACGAAAGGCAAAAUCUGUUUGGACUGGCAGCUGCCCAAAGAAACUAAAGUUCUUGACUAUACUCACACCUUCCUGAUAAACUUAGUAGUACAGCUUUCCUAUCAACAUAUACUCCUUAUUGGCCACUUCCAUUGCUGACUACUUUUUCCUCUAUGAACUCCUGAGGUUAGGAUUUCUGAAAGACCCUCAGGAAUUCACAAAUCAAAGUCUGUCCCUGAAUCUCAGUGUGAUUUGCAGAUUAAAAUCCCCUAUGCUCUUUUGGAAAUCCCAGCUGGAAACAUUACAGUAAAUUAAUUUUUAAACCAGCUAUUCCCAGACUUCUUAAUGAAACAAUUAACUUGAUAAUGUCUAUAACAGUUUUGUCAUGUAAAAUCAGCAACUCUGUAUAUUCUAUUUAUUAGUGAUCCUUUGGUAAAACUAAUAUACAGGCACAAGAGCAGAUGUUUCAUUGACAUAACCUGUCAUGACCCUUUGAUGCCACACUGCUCUACAGGGCUGAGGUUCUGACCCUGUAACUGCAUAGGGAAUCAGACACUGAUUUCUUUGUGAAGGAAAUGAAGAAAAAAAAAAAAAGGAAAAGAAAGUCUUGUAUCUCCUUUGAGGUGUGAAUAGUAAUAGCUGUUGACUAAUUUCUCUGCAUGUAUUCUGACUGCAUGGCUGCUGCUGCUACUCACUGGACUAUACAGUUACUAUAUAACUACUUUUAUAUUAAUCCCUGAGGUGUUUGAGGUUUUGGGCUAAGUUUAAUUAAAUAGUUUUCCUAAAUCUGAUAAUCUCCUCAUGACUUCUGAGCAGGCAGGAAUCAACCUAAGUAACCCUGUUACUUUUGGGAGGGGUAGGGAGAAAGCUAGACAGACAGACAGUAUCUAUCUUACUUCAGUUAUGCCAGGUGAUAACUUUGAACAGAGAUAAAACUAUACAGCAAACAGUUCUCAUCUUGCAAACUGAGGCUACCACAUUUGAAACAGAACUGACAGCUUCAAGCCACUGUUCUCAUUUUCUGAGUGUCAUUUUCAGAUUCCAUGUGACAGAGUGCAAAUCCCAUGGGAAUUGCCCAGUUACUUUUGAAACUGACAUUCAGUUGUUUUUGUGCCUUCUCAGUUCCGCAAACCUGCAGCACUCCUCUGGGUACAAUCAUUAAAUUCACAGGCACUGAAAAUGAGGAGCAUGUCCUGCACUGUGUGACAUUUUGAGGUGCUUUGUAAGAUAGGAACUUGUUUGAUGGGCAAGAUGUAACAGAUGCAAAGGGAAGACACUGCUCACAAGCCUAAGAUAUCUCCUGAAAAACAACAGGACAAAUGACAUUACAGAGUGAGGCUCUCCCAGAUACGCUGUUCUCUGGUCACUAGCAAAUUCCAAAAGUUUUAUUUACCACACUUUCAGCUUUUGCCAGGGACAUUCUUUCAUACCUCCUUAGAAUGUGUUGUAUUGUACUUGUGGGCUAAUGUCUUGCUACUUCUGCCAUUUUCAGGUGCUUGUAAUUUAUUAAUGUAUCUUUUAAGGGCAAAUAAAGAGCAACAUCAAAAGAA